AUGUCAAAACAGGCUUACUCCAUUAUUCCAGAGAAUCUGUUGAACGAUGAAACGGAAGUCGUUAUCAAUCAUACAACGGUUAUUGACUGGCUUGAGCUCAGCGAAAGUGCUACAAAACUUCUUUUUCGUGAUAAACGUUCACGACUUACACUUUUGGAUGGAACCCGGCAAGCGACUCUACUAAACUUCUGUACUUACGUCCAAUGGGUUCCUGCCAGUGAUGUGGUAGUCGCGCAGUCCGGAAAUACUCUUCAUGUAUGGUACGUAUAG